UCGCGCGGCGUGUGACGUCACGAGGCAAUGGCGGCGCCGCGGCUGUCGCUGGGGCCGCUGAAGGAGCCGCUGGGGCUGAUGCGGGCCCUGCAGUGGUUUUUCUCCAUUUUCGCUUUCGCCACCUGCGGCGGCUUCGAGGGGAGCGUCACCUACCGGGUCACCUGCGAGGGGAGGGAGAACCACACGGUCACUGCCACCUUCGGGUACCCCUUCAGGUUGAACCACGCCGUGUUCCAGCCGUCCCUGACUCACCUGUGCAACCACACCUGGCCCAAGGACGUUCACCUGGUGGGGGAUUUCUCCUCGGCCGCCAGGUUCUUCGUGGGCGUGGCCGUGGCCGCCUUCCUGUACAGCCUGGGGGCCCUGGGCGGCUACCUGGGCUACCUGCAGGUGUACAGGUGUGCAGGGUCCCGCCUGCCCCUCAUGGACCUGGUGGCCUCGGGGCUGGUGGCCGCCCUGUGGCUCGUGGCCUCCUCGGCCUGGGCCCAGGCCCUGGGACACGUCAGAGCCGCGGCGGGCGCGCCCCUCCCCCACUGCCCCUCCCCCACCGCCAGCUGCGCCCGCACCGCGCUCACGGCCAUGGGGGGGCUGGGGGCGUCCGUGGCCUUCGGAUUCCUCAACCUGGUGCUCUGGGCCGGCGGCUCCUGGUUCGUCUACAAGGAGACGCCGCUGCACCGCCCGGCCCCGCCCCCCGGCCCCACCCCCGCCCCCAUGUGACCCCCUGUUUGGGCGGGGCUGGGGGCAGGGCGGGGGAGGGGCUGGGGGUGGGGCUUUGUGCACUGAGCUUGGGUGGGGGAGGGGCCGGGCUGGGCAGGGGUUGGUUGAGCUUGGCCUUGGUGGGCGUGGCCUUGGGUUUGGGUGGGGCUUGACCUUGGGUUGGGCAGCCUUGACUUUGUUGGCCAUUGGUCGGUCUUCAGUUGACCUUUGGGUGACCCUGACCUUGGUUUGACCUUGGGCUGGUCACUCCUGAGUUCAUUGACCAUUGGUCAGUCUUCAGUUGACCUUUGGGUGACCUUGACUCGAUCUUGGAGUUGUCUUGACCACGGUUUGGUCAGUCUUGACCUCGUUGACCAUUGAUUGGUCUUCCCUUGACCAUUGGGUGGGUCAUGGAUUGGUCUUGAUCUGUGGUUGGUCAGUCUUGACUUUGGUGACCAUUGGUCAGUCUUCAGUUGACCUUUGGGUGACCUUGACUUUGGCUUGACCUUGGGUUGGGUUGGCUUUGGGUUGGGUUGACCGUUGGUUGGUUGACCUUGACCUCAAUAAUCAUUGAUUGGUUGGGGUUGAUCUUUGACCUCACCGGAGCUUGAGUGGGCGUGGUCUUAACUUUGGGUUGGGCUUGACCUUGGGUUGGUCAUCCUUGACUUCACUGACCAUUGGUCAGUCUUCAGUUGAGCUUUGGGUGACCUUGAGCUUGGGUUGGGUUAAUCUUAACUUUGGGUGGUCUUAACCAUGUCUUGGUCAAUCUUGACCUCGUUGAUCGUUGAUUGGUCUUCACUUGACCAUUGGGUGACUCUUGGGUUGGUCUUGACCAUUGGUUGGUCAAUCUUGACUUCGUUGACCAUUGGUCAGUCUCCAGUUGACCUUUGGGUGACCUUUGAUCAUGGCUUGACCUUGGGUUGGGUUGACCAUUGGUUGGUUGACCUUGACCUCGCUGACCAUUGUUUGGCCUUGGCUUGACCAUUGGCUUGGUGUCCACUUGGGCUGACCGUUGGGUCGGUCUUGACUUUGACCAACGGUUGUCCAGUCUCGGCGCGCGUUGGUUGUUGGGUUGGGUUGGACUUUGCUGACCAUGG